UCGAAACCUUUGAGAUUAGAUGCAGAUUAGCGUGCAGGGCUGGACGUGAGGAUGGGGCACUCUUUACUCUGUUUGCUGGGGUUAUUCUUGCUCGGUACAGUCAGACAUGGAAACACUGAAGAUAAACCCAGGGCCACACUGACAGCAGGAACUACAAUCAUACCAGUAGGGGGCAGUGUGACACUGACCUGCUCUGUGCAGAGCUCUGAUGGAUGGAAAUAUGAGUGGUUCAGACGAACCCAAAGAACCUCUGAAGGUCAAAUCAGAGAUCAACAAAACAGAGAUAUCAGAGUAUCUCAAGGAGGAAUCUACCGCUGCAGAGGAACAAGAGGAAACCCAGUUUACUACACUGAUAGAAGUGAUGAUGUCACCAUUGAGAUAACCUUUUCCAAUAAAGUUGUUGUAAAACAACAACCCAACUGGCCUCAGAUAUUCAGAGGUGAGACGAUCACUCUGACAUGUGAGGUGCAGGAAGGAGGUGAAACCACUGAGUGGGAGUAUGGAUGGAGAGAACGCGGGACACCCACACAGUGGACACACAAUAAUGAUUGGACAUUCAGAGUGUCUGAGUCCAGCAGUGGAGACUACAUGUGUAAGAGUCGACGCAGAGAUGACUCAUAUUCUUCAACAGAGUGGAGUGAAGCCUUCACAUUGUCAGUAUCAAAUAAACCCAGGGCCACACUGACAGCAGGAACAACAAUCAUACCAGUAGGGGGCAGUGUGACACUGACCUGCUCUGUGCAGAGCUCUGAUGGAUGGAAAUAUGAGUGGUUCAGACGAACCCAAACAACCUCUGAAGUUCAAAUCAGAGAUCAACAAAACAGAGAUAUCAGAGUAUCUCAAGGAGGAAUCUACAGGUGCAGAGGAGGAAGAGGAAACCCAGGUUACUACACUUAUAUAAGUGAUGAUGUCACCAUUGAGAUAACCUUUUCCAAUAAAGUUGUUGUAAAACAACAACCCAACUGGCCUCAGAUAUUCAGAGGUGAGACGAUCACUCUGACAUGUGAGGUGCAGGAAGGAGGUGAAACCACUGAGUGGUGGUAUGAUUGGAGAGGACCCAGGACACCCACACAGUGGACACACAAUAAUGAUGUGACAUUCAGUGUUUCUGAGUCCAGCAGUGGAGACUACAUGUGUAAGAGUCGACGCAGAGAUGACUCAUAUUCUUCAACAGAGUGGAGUGAAGCCUUCACAUUGUCAGCAUCAAAUAAACCAAAGGCCAAACUGAGAGCUGAUAACACAGCUGUUCCAGUAGGGGGCAGUGUGACCCUGACCUGCUCUGUGAACCCAUCAUCAUCAUCUGGAUGGAAAUACUACUGGUACAGAGAUAAUACCACAGUGGAUGUUGUCCCCACAUCAAAUGGACAAAUCAGUGUCUCACAGGAAGGACUCUACAGGUGCAGAGGAGGAAGAGGAAACCCAGUUUACUACACAGAGGACAGCCAAGAAAUUCAGAUUAACAUAACUGAAUUUUCAUCUCCUGUGUGGUUGAUUGUUCGACUGGUUUGUGGAGUCUCUCUCAUUAUUAUUCUCCUGCUCUUGUUGUAUCUCUGCAGACAGUCCAAGUAUUCCUGCUUCACCAGGUGGAUCCAGUCUGAGAGUCACAGUCCGGGCUCCUCCACAAAUCAUGGAGUCAACCAGAAUGAAACUCAUGAACACAACUCUGUUCAUCCUGGUGCAGAUGAACCUCGAGACGUCACAUACUCUCUUAUUAAACUUCAAAACCUUAGAAAGAAGAAGAAGCAUCAUAAAGCAGAGCAGAGUGCUGUUUACUCUGAGGUGAAGACAGGAGCUGCAGAGGACAGUCUGAUGUAUGCUGAGGUCAAACAGCCCAAAAAAGAAAAAGCCAAGAAAAACAAAGGAACAUCAAGUCCUGCAGCUGAUGCAGCAGUUUAUUCUGAAGUCACAUCAGGAAGCUCUCUCAGUCAGUGAGGAGAGCUGUAGCAGCAAAGCCAAGAAGAAGCUUUUUAUGAAGCCACUCUUGCUUCUCUGCUGCCCAAAUAUCAGACAUACUCAGCUUUAUGUGCAGUUACAAUAUUACAUCAUAACAUCAUAUAAUUCAGUAUAAACCAAAUGGAGGUGUAUUCAUAUUCAAUAUUCAUGCUCUUUAUCUUCGGUUACUUUUAUAAAAAAAAUUGUAAUAAACCUUGACUGUAUCUAACAUGUUCCAACAGCAGUGAGAAAUAUGUGAUGUUUAGUAUCUGACAGCACAAUUUACAGUCAGUGUUUGCAGUGUAAAUACUGAUAUGGGCACCAACAAAUACUUUAACUGUGUUUGUUUACAUUAUAUAAAUAAGAAU